AUGCAGCACCGCAACUUCCAGACACCCUUCCAGCUGCUUCAUCAGUGGCUGCCGUACGGCUGCCGAGCCUACCCUUUGACAUACAAGGCCCUUCAGAACAAACAGAAAAAGGACCUCAAGACCGACCCUCACACGGAAAUCGGUUAUCUAGUGGGCUACGACUCCACUAACAUUUUCAGGAUUUGGAUCCCUUCGUCAUCCGAAGUCCGAAGGCUCAGAGAUGUGACCUUUAACGAACACAAGUUCUACGAAGGAAAGGUAGAGCCACAGGAGCCUAUCCCUCAACGCUUAGAAGUACAGCUUCCAGCACACAUCGAAGAUGAAUCGGAAUACGAGGAAAUCCCUACUCGUAUGGAAGAGCCUAAUCCUCAACCGGACACCCCUUCUUCGACUACAUCUGGUCAAGAAGACGCCAGCACCAUCCAGGUUCAACAGGAACCCUCUGAACACGAAGAUUCAGAGGAUGAGCUUCACGACGCGGAUAACCCGUACCCGACGCCUGAUCCCGCUCAGAGCGAUCAGCAACUUCGACGCUCAUCACGUCCGCCCAAGCCACGGAACUUCGGCAGCUUUGCCAGUUCCCAAAACCACUUUCACAGCUCUUUCUUUCUCGGACGAGAAGAAAAGCUACAUCGUCGCUCUUUGCCCCCAGAGCCGACGUCGUACAAGGAACUGAGUACACACCGCUUUGGCCCUCAAUUCAAAGAAGCAGCUCACGCUGAAUGGAAAUCCCUCCAACAGAGAGGAACCUUCAAGGCUGUUCCGCGAGACCAAGCAACAGGCAGGCCGUUGCCCCUGACCUGGGUGUUCAAGUACAAAUUUGACAAGCAUGGCUUCCUUAUCAAGUUUAAAGCCCGCUUGUGCGUUAGGGGAGACCUUCAGAAGCUGGGUGACAAGGACACCUAUGCUGCCACACUUGCCGGAAGAUCCUUCCGAGUUCUUAUGGCUAUUACAGCUAAAUUCGACCUUGAGACCCGACAGCUCGACGCAGUUAACGCCUUUACCAAUGCCCUCUUAGACGACGAGGAGGAGGUCUAUGUGUUAUUUCCUGACGGAUACUAUAGACAAGGCUGGGUUCUUCGCCUCAUCCGAGCCCUCUAUGGCCUUAGGCGUUCUCCCCUCCUUUGGCAGAAAGAGCUUACUGCAGCAUUCAAGGAGCUCGGUCUUUUACAGUGUCCAGACGAGCCCUGCAUCUUCCAGAACGACUGGCUCACAGUCUUCUUCUUCGUUGAUGACAUCGUCUUCCUCCAUCGCAAGGGUAGUCAAGAUGCAGCCGAUCAGAUGGUUGCAGCCCUCAAGAGGAAGUACGCCAUGACAGAUCAAGGAGAAUUGCAGUGGUUUCUCGACUCCUACAUUGAAAGGAUGGUUCAACGAUUCGGCCUUCGAUGCCUCGACACCUUCAAAGGAGCCCCUUUCCCAUGCAAUGAAGUCCGGCCAAACACAGGACAGGCUUCUCAAGACCAGAUUCAGCUCUAUCAAAGCAAAGUUGGAUCGCUGAACUAUGCCGCGUGCAUCACUCGUCCGGAUAUAGCCAAACCAGCAUCUAAACUAGCUGAAUUCCUUCACAACCCUUCCGAGCUUCAUUCUAAGCUCGCGGACCAUCUGAUUGAGUACCUAUACGCCACUAGGUAUCUCGCCAUUCAGUUUUCAGCUCAACAUCACAGCGACUUUCAGAGCGCUUCAGACGCCGCUUUCGCUGAUGAUAAGGAAACACGCAAGUCAUCACAGGGUUCAAUCCUUACCCUCUUCGGCGGCCCUAUCGCAUGGAAAGCCGGGAAACAGGAUACAACUAUUCGUCUAGUUACACAGGAUAUACCUCGCCUUCGCACCGCCCUUCGUCACAUCGACAUCCAUACUUGUUGGGCUAGGCAGGCAUUCGAGGAAGGCCUCUAUAGUCUCGUCUAUACGCCAACUUCUGAAAUGAUCGCAGAUGGCCUCACCAAGGUCCUUCCAGGCCAGAAAUUUACUAACUUCGUUAAACAACUCGGCCUCGUUGAUAUCUCUACGCUGCUAGGAAUGUAG